UUUCCCGGGAAAAGAAGACAAAAUUCGACCAAUAAAGGACAAAGUAGAAGGAAUCACAUGAAACCCUAAAGUUUGUGCCCCUAUCAAUCCAGACCCAAAGCCCUUAGCGCCUCCAUUGAUCCUAUCUAAUCGUUUUUUCGGGUUCAACUGUUUCGUUGUCGUCUCGCGUACACGACCUGUUCGACAUAAUUCCUCUUUGAGAAAAUCUGUUCAGGGAAAAUGUAUGUUGUGAAGCGCGAUGGAAGGCAGGAAGCUGUUCAUUUCGACAAGAUCACCGCGAGGUUGAAGAAGCUUAGCUAUGGACUCAGCAGCGAACACUGUGACCCGGUCCUCGUGUCACAGAAAGUCUGCGCUGGUGUAUACAAGGGCGUCACAACGAGUCAGCUCGACGAGCUGGCGGCUGAAACUGCUGCCGCCAUGACUGCCAACCAUCCCGAUUAUGCUUCCCUAGCCGCCAGGAUCGCUGUCUCGAAUCUCCACAAGAACACAAAAAAGUCAUUUUCCGAGACCGUCAAGGACAUGUACUACCAUUUCAAUGAAAGAUCAGGGCUAAAGGCUCCUUUAAUAGCUGAUGAUGUGUAUGAAAUAAUCAUGAAGGAUGCUGCUCGUCUGGACAGUGAAAUAAUCUACGAUCGUGAUUUUGAAUAUGACUACUUUGGAUUUAAAACACUUGAGAGAUCCUACCUCCUUAAAGUCCAAGGAAAGGUUGUUGAAAGGCCUCAACACAUGCUGAUGAGAGUUGCUGUAGGCAUCCACAAGGAUGAUAUCGAUUCUGCAAUCAGAACGUACCAUUUGAUGUCCCAGAGAUGGUUCACUCAUGCUUCUCCCACUCUCUUCAAUGCAGGAACACCAAGGCCUCAAUUAAGUAGCUGCUUUUUGAUCUGCAUGAAAGAUGACAGCAUUGAGGGUAUAUAUGACACGCUGAAAGAAUGUGCUGUUAUUAGCAAAUCAGCUGGUGGCAUAGGUGUUUCUGUUCACAACAUCCGUGCUACUGGAAGUUACAUUCGGGGUACAAAUGGGACAUCUAAUGGAAUCGUUCCAAUGCUGCGGGUGUUCAAUGAUACUGCUCGUUACGUUGACCAAGGAGGAGGCAAGAGAAAGGGAGCUUUCGCUGUAUAUCUGGAGCCAUGGCAUGCCGACAUCUUCGAGUUUCUGGAUCUCCGAAAGAACCAUGGAAAAGAAGAACAUAGGGCUAGGGACCUGUUCUAUGCGCUUUGGGUUCCUGAUCUUUUCAUGGAGAGGGUUCAAACUGAUGGGCUGUGGUCAUUGUUUUGCCCCAGUGAAGCUCCUGGUUUGGCAGAUUGCUGGGGUGAGGAAUUUGAGAGACUAUACACACAUUAUGAGAGAGAGGGUAAGGCCAAGAAGGUUGUUCAGGCACAAAAACUAUGGUAUGAAAUAUUGACAUCCCAGAUUGAAACAGGGACACCAUACAUGCUUUUCAAGGACUCAUGCAACAGGAAGAGCAACCAGCAAAAUCUGGGUACGAUAAAGUCUUCCAAUUUAUGCACUGAGAUUAUUGAGUACACUAGCCCUACGGAAACUGCUGUUUGCAAUCUUGCAUCUAUUGCUUUACCUCGAUUCGUAAGGGAAAAGGGUGUCCCUUUGGAGGCUCACCCAUCUAAGCUUGUGGGCAGUAUGGGCUCAAAGAAUCGGUUCUUUGAUUUUGACAAGUUAGGAGAGAUUGCUGCAACUGUUACUGCAAAUCUUAACAAGAUAAUAGAUGUGAAUUACUACCCUGUGGAGACUGCAAAAUAUUCAAAUAUGCGUCAUAGGCCUAUCGGUAUUGGAGUACAAGGUCUCGCAGACACAUUUAUCCUUCUCGGAAUGCCAUUUGACUCACCUGAGGCCCAGCAACUCAACAAGGACAUAUUUGAAACAAUAUACUACCAUGCGCUCAAAGCAUCUUCUGAGCUUGCUGCUAAGGAUGGUCCCUAUGAGACAUACCAAGGAAGUCCAGUGAGUAAGGGAAUUCUUCAACCUGACAUGUGGAAUGUAACACCCUCUGACCGCUGGGAUUGGGUUGCUCUAAGGGAUAUGAUAUCUAAGAAUGGUGUGAGGAAUUCACUUCUAGUGGCACCAAUGCCAACGGCUUCUACAAGUCAAAUUCUUGGAAACAAUGAAUGCUUUGAGCCAUAUACCUCAAACAUCUAUAGCCGCAGAGUCUUGAGCGGUGAAUUUGUGGUGGUGAAUAAGCAUCUUCUUCAUGAUUUAACUGAUAUGGGCGUCUGGUCUCCUGCCCUAAAGAACAAGAUAAUUUAUGAGAAUGGUUCUAUUCAAAAGGUCCCAGAAAUACCCGUUGAUUUGAAGGCAGUUUACAGGACCGUAUGGGAGAUUAAACAGAAAACACUGGUUGACAUGGCUGUUGACCGUGGUUGCUAUAUAGAUCAAAGCCAAAGCCUGAAUAUACACAUGACCGAACCCAAUUUCGGAAAACUCACUUCCUUGCACUUCUACGCCUGGAGAAAGGGUCUGAAAACGGGGAUGUACUACUUGCGAUCCCGUGCUGCAGCCGAUGCAAUUAAGUUCACAGUUGAUACAACAAUGCUCAAGGAGAAGCCUGAAGUAGCAGCAGCAGCAGCAGAAGAAGAAGAAGAGGUCAAUGAAACUAAAAUGGCACAGAUGGUUUGCUCUCUUACAAACCGGGACGAGUGCCUUGCCUGCGGAAGUUAAAAAAAUUGCAGUGAAGUCCUCUUUUCCCUCUAGAGGCUUUCCUUCUCUUAUUGGUAUUACUUUGUAACUAUAAUGUAGUAUAAUAUGUUGAAAAAAAAUGUUCUUUUAAGUUUAAGAUUCUUGUAAAGACCGAACUGGAUGUCACAAACUUCACGUGAUUUGAUUUUUGUGUUUUUUUGUUGUCGCAA